AUGAAUCGACAAUUCUAGCAGAACUGUCCUUUUAGAUAGCAAUACGCGGGACAGUGCGAUUUCAUAACAAAGUCUGACAAUACUUUGGACAAAGGGAAAGUUAAGCUAAUUUAACAAUCACCUUCAUUUGCAGAAUAUGUGAAUGGCUUGAAGGAGGGGGGGAAAAAAAAGAAUCAUCGACAUAAUACUGAAACGAUAAGAUGUCCAAUUCUUCCUAAGAUUGAGGCUGUUAUUCCAGAUCUUUAGACUAUGAAAUCACAUUUCGUUUUAAGCCUAAACAAGAGCACUACUAUUUCAUAACAUUCGUAAAGCUAUAUAUAACAUUCCAAUCCAAAUACCCCAAGAUCCAAAAUUGGAAUUCCUGCAUCGAUUACUCGAAGAUCUUUGCCACCUUAAAAGUAAGUAAAACUAUCUCCAAUUACCCCUAAAAGUUCAUUUUGCGUUAAAUCGAACUUUGAAGAGGACGAUGGAAUCUUUCUAACUAAAAUAGGUGGCGAGGAGGUCAUCAAGGAAAUAGCAAUAUUAUUUCAUAAACAUUCUCAAAUUCAUCCCGUAAUAUAGAAAAUCGAUGAUCCCGCAAUGUAUGAAUCGAAAUUCGGAACAUUUCUUGAGUAUAUCAUGGGAAAACCAGUAUUUUUUAACAUUGAAGCUCUCAAAUAAAAGCAUAUCCCCCUAAAAAUAGAUCAUGCAUUAUACAAUCAAUUUAAGAGCUACUUAAUUAGUAGUUUUAUUCAGAGUAAUAAAGGUCCUCCUGAAUUGAUAUUCGAAUUCAGUGCACUCAUAGAAUAAUAUAAAUACUGUAUUAUAACAUCAGAAUAGACCUUUGCUUAAAUUUAUAACCAAAGAACUGAGAAUAACAAAAAUGAAACCCCUAAAAGUAUUGUCCAUUUAGCAGAUCUUACUUAUCAAAAAAUAUUAGAUGACCAAACCCUUUGUGAAUAUUUUUUAGGCAUUUAAAUGGAUGAAUAAGCUAAGAAGUUAGGGAGUAUUUUACAUUAAAUGAUGGGUUGGAAUAGUGGCAUUGAUUACGUGUUGAAUUAUCUAAGGAAAUCCCAUUAAAAGAUGAAAUUGACAAAUGUCCAUUUCACUUUGUUCAAAUAGUACCUAGUGGAGGCGAUGAAAGAACUUGGACUGAAAGAAAGUUAAAUAGAAUUGAUAACCAAAAGGAUGGAUGGUUAUAGAAGUUGCAUAGUAAAUCAGGAUUGCUUAUUGGACUUUUAUUUCUAAUCCCCAACUCUCUUUAAGGUUUAAGUAAAGAAAUACGAGGUGCUAAUAUAGAGAGAUCCAAGAUUUCGCAAUUUUCCGGAUAUGCCCACUCUUUUAAGACACGCACAUUUUCUUUUAAAAUACAUAACUCAUUAACAUCAACCACUUCUAACAAACACUGAUCUGAGAACUCUGCAUAAGGGUUGUGCGAUUCAAAGUGAAUGGAUUGAUGGGUUCAGAGAUAACUUUUUUUUAUUAAUUAAAAACUAUAAUUUAGACAGACUUAUCUUGCAGGAUUAUGCUGAUUUGUGGUUUUAAUUAAGGUUCAUCGUAAAUGAAUCAGCGCAGUAUAGAAAGCAUUGUUGGACCGUAAGGGCUGGAUCAAGUGCAAUUCAAAAGUAUAGAUCAACCUUCAGGACAACGAGAUUUAUAGUGAUCAUUUUAGGAAUGCAGAUUACCAACUAAAAUCCCAUGUGA